GUUGAUCGCACGAAGAACGACGAAGAAGCACCAAGCAGUUCGGUUCUUCUGUCACCAUCAUCAACAACAAGUCAACAAACCGGAUCGUUCCCCAUCUUUGAAUCGUGCGGUGCUAGUAGUGUGUUGUGUCUUGUUAUCAAAAUUGUGUAGUAAAGGUACCCGUGCAAAGAUGACUUCAUUGGCAUUAUCGAAACUGUCGGCCAAAUUGCUCGCCCGGAGGCCAUUCCUACAGACGUUGAAUCUGUCCGCUCGCCAUCUCAAUCUGCUGGAGUACCAAAGCAAAAAGCUGCUGGCCGAAAGCGGAGUGGCCAUACAGGCAUUCCGGGUACUCGAGGGCAAGAAGGACGAAAGUGUGCUGAAAGAUUUCAAUGUAAACGAGUAUGUCGUCAAAGCACAAAUUCUCGCUGGCGGCCGGGGUAAAGGUCACUUUGAUAACGGCUUCAAGGGAGGCGUCCAUAUCACUAAGGACCGCUCGCAGGUGAUCCCGCUGGUGGAGAAAAUGGUGGGCCACCGGUUGAUCACCAAGCAGACGCCCAAGGACGGCAUCAUGGUCAAAAAGGUCAUGGUGGCGGACAGUAUCAACAUCGUCCGCGAAACGUAUCUCUCGAUCGUGAUGGACCGGGAACACAACGGCCCGGUGCUGAUCGCAUCGCCCGCCGGCGGAAUGGACAUCGAAGCCGUGGCCGAAGAAACGCCCGACAAAAUCAAAACCAUUCCAAUUUCGGUAGUGGAUGGAAUCACUCAUGCCCAAGCGGAGGAAGUGGCUCGAUUCCUCGAGUUCAAAGGCGACCUGGUACAGAAGGCUGCCGCAGAAAUUGAAAAAUUGUAUCACCUCUUCGUCAAGGUGGACGCCACUCAGAUCGAGAUCAAUCCCCUGGCCGAAACGGACGAUGGCCGCGUGAUCUCCGUAGACGCUAAGCUAAACUUCGACGACAACGCUCAGUUCCGGCAGAAGGACAUCUUCGCGAUGGACGUCCACGAGGACACGGACCCGAAGGAGAUCGAAGCGCACAAGUACAACCUCAACUACAUCGCCAUGGAGGGCAACAUCGGAUGUUUGGUAAACGGUGCUGGGCUGGCCAUGGCCACCAUGGACAUCAUCAAGCUGAACGGUGGAAGCCCGGCCAACUUCCUGGACGUUGGAGGCAACGUCAAGGAGGACCAAGUGCUCAAAGCGUUCCAGAUCCUAACCUCGGAUCAGAACGUGAAGGCCAUCCUGGUGAACGUGUUCGGCGGAAUCGUUAACUGUGCCACCAUUGCCAACGGGAUCGUGAAUGCUACCAAAACCAUUGGGCUGAAGGUGCCGCUGGUGGUGAGGCUCGAAGGUACCAACGUGGAUGCCGCCAAGAAAAUCCUGAAGGAAUCCGGACUGAAGAUUGAAUCUGCACACGAUCUCGAUGAAGCUGCCAAGAAGGCGGUCAAGGUGCUGGGUUGAAGGCUUUGAAAACGGUUCCAAUCCGCGUGUCAUGUGGUUCAUUCCCUAUAGAUAGUCGAUUGUGGUUUACGGUAAGUGACUAAAGCCUUUUAUAUGACCUAGAUAUAUGUACAGUGUUACACAUCCGGAGUGAGUCCGGCGAUGAUAUCACAAGAACAAUAACGGAAACACCUCAAUAUCAAUGCAUUUUAGCCAAACAA